AAAUGAAAGAGUUUUCCAAUAUAAUUGAGAUAGGAGAUGAAAUAAGCACGCUCAUUAAGCAAAUGGCUGGUAGAAAAGAGAAAGAAGGAGAAGAAGGUGCUCCUCUUCAGCUCAACCAGAUUAGCUUAUUGAUGAGUAUUCGAGAUUGAUGUGAUAAGUUAAAAUCAAACUGCACAGGAGCCCUUCAGUCCACACAGACGGAUAGGUCUAUCAAAUCUUCAGAGAAUGAGUCUCGGGAUAAAUUUGAAGAACAACUCAACUUCUUCCAAAAACCCACAGCCAAGGAAAUGGCAAACAAAAUUCAGAAAGAGCAGGAACAAAUGGAAGGGUAUCUUGGUGAAGUUACCGAAGAGGAUGUGUUCUCUAAAGGAUCUAAACUUAAGUCUGGAAGGAGGCAUAAGAUCAAUCCUAUUGCCAGAUUAAAAAUGGAGAACUCUUAUAAUAAGAAUUACCAAUCUGAGUGAAGCCACCUGGAAUCAGAUGAGAUCAGCGGUAAGGAAGAGUCUAAAGAGAAAGAUACUAACAAGAGGGCUAAAUUUGGGUCUAAAAGUAAGAAGUACUCAAAAGUCCCCAAAAGCUUCACUUUUGUGAACAAGUUGGUCAAUAAUAAACUCAAGAGAAUGCGUAAGAGGUUUAAAGUUAGUGAGAAUGAGGAACAGCAUACUGAUUCUUUAGUCUCAUAAAUAUGGGAUAUUACUCAAU